GUAACGAAACUUGGAGGUGUCGUCCACCAGAGAAAACUUUUCCGUUGGCUAUUCAGAGAAGGCAGUGUUUAAGGUUUUGGACCCAGCCAAUAAUUAGCAGUCACGUGACCAGCCGAAAUGAGUUUUACGCUUGUACACGUGAUGUUACAAACUUUAACGUGGCUUCAUGUGUCACGGAAUACAUCCUGAACUUCAAGUAUAGGUCUGUGCAUGUACUGUGGUGAAACUUUUGAGUUGUUCAGUGUCCUCCCGGAUGAUUAAAUGAAACGAUCUCAUUGCGCAGCCGGUCUGAGUGAGAUAUUCUGGACAUUAUGCCAACUGAAGAAGUCCAUGACAGUGUUUCAGCCGAGGAUGAUGCUAAGAAGGCACCAGAUGUUCCUUUUCUUUUAGAAGAGCGUGUAAAAGAGAAAGUGCCCUGGAAGGAAGUGUUGAAAAAGAAGGUGGGAAAAAAAUGUUCCUGCAGUUCUGCUCGAGUCAAAGCCCUGCUCAUAGACUCUAUCCCAAUUGUGAAAUGGCUGCCAAAAUAUCAAUUCAAAGACUGGAUCAUUGGGGAUGCCAUGUCUGGACUUAUCGUGGGCAUCCUCUUGGUUCCUCAGUCCAUCGCCUAUUCUUUACUGGCAGAACAAGACCCUAUUUAUGGCCUCUAUACAUCUUUCUUUGCCAGCAUUAUCUACACACUACUGGGCACCUCUAGGCACAUCUCUGUUGGGAUAUUUGGGGUACUGUGUCUUUUGGUGGGACAGGUUGUGGACCGGGAACUUACUCUGGCAGGAUAUCCAUCGGACACCAAUCAGACCACCUUUGGAAAUGUUGUCAACAGCACUGGUCCAAUCUGUGACCGAAGCUGCUAUGCAAUCAUGGUGGCAGCAACACUAACUUUCACAGCAGGGAUCUACCAGGUGUUGAUGGGUCUCCUACAGGUUGGCUUUGUCUCGGUCUACCUCUCGGACUCUCUUUUGAGUGGUUUCGCAACUGGUGCCUCUCUUACCAUCCUCACAUCCCAGAUAAAGUACUUGCUGGGGCUUCACCUUCCUCGUGUCCAAGGGUGGGGUUCGCUCAUAAAAACCUGGAUCAGUGUUUUUAAAAAUCUGGGUCAUACCAACGUCUGUGACCUCAUAACCAGCGUGCUCUGCUUGCUUGUGCUUGUACCCACCAAAGAGCUCAACGACCGCUUCAAAGCCAAGCUCAAGGCCCCUAUUCCCUUCGAACUCUUUGUGGUUAUUGCUGCUACUCUAGCUUCCCACUUUGGCCAGUUCGAAGAAACUUAUGGCUCGAAUGUUGCUGGCAACAUUCCCACAGGCUUCAUGCCACCUCAGCUUCCCAACUGGUCUCUCAUACCCAAUAUCGCCGUUGACGCGUUCUCAAUCGCAAUUGUUGGUUUCGCCAUUACUGUUUCUCUGUCGGAGAUGUUUGCCAAGAAACAUGGUUAUACGGUUGAUCCUAACCAGGAGAUGUAUGCUAUUGGGUUCUGUAAUAUCAUUCCUUCCUUCUUCCGUUGUUUCACGACCAGUGCUGCUUUGACCAAGACUCUUGUAAAGGAGUCGACUGGUUGCCAGACUCAGAUCUCGGGGUUGGUGACUGCUCUUGUGCUGCUGCUCGUCCUUCUUGUUAUAGCACCUCUCUUCUACUCAUUGCAGAAAUGUGUUCUGGCCGUUAUCAUAGUCGUCAACCUCCGUGGGGCACUACGGAAGUUUGGGGACAUUCCCCAAAUGUGGCGUGUCAACCGUUUGGACGCUAUCAUCUGGCUGAUUACUAUGGCUACGUCAGCGCUAGUCAACACUGAGCUAGGUCUACUAGUUGGAGUCCUGGUCUCUGCGUUCUGUGUACUUGGCCGAACCCAGUCGGCCCAAGUCCAUCAGCUGGGCCAAGCAGGGGACCGUGAGCUCUUUGAGGACCUUGCGUCCUACAAAGGUCUCCAGAGCCAUGCAGGGGUGGCUGUUUUCCGAUACGAAGCUCCCAUCUACUAUGCCAACCAAGCUCUUUUUAAGAAGUCGCUGUACCGCAGUGUGGGCCUUGAUCCACUUAAAGAGAAGGCCAGGCGCAAGAAACUAGACAAGCAGAAGAAUCAGAAACAAGAUGGAGAAGACCAGAAACAAGAGAUGCACGUGUCCACCAAUGUGUAUCUGCUACAGCUCAACAGUUUGCACACGUUGGUCAUAGACUGCAGUCCAGUGCUGUUUCUGGACACUGCUGGAGUCAAUGCUUUGAAAGAGGUAUGCAAGGACUACAAGGAGUUGGGAGUCAAUGUGCUUUUGGCCCGAUGCAACACCUCCGUCAUUGAUUCUUUACGAAGGGGAGGCUAUUAUGACCCAAAGAAAGGGAUCAUAGACAUACAGUUUCAUACUCUUAGUGAUGCCAUCUCUUAUGCCCAAAGCUUGAAGUCACAAAACGGUGAUUGUGACACUGUUGUGUAAUACCUUGUAAUGCAUUGAUCCAAAAUUGCAUUUAAUAUUUGUCUGUUUCAGCAGUUCAGGAUUAUAUGAGCAUGUACUUUCCCUCAUGUCGUUCUGAAUAUGUAUAACUUUUUUUUUAAUACAAAAGAAGGUAUCUAGAA